AUGACCAGCUCUCCACCUGCAUCGCCGGCCGAGAGGCCUGCUCGCCCGGUGAGCACGUCAAUAAGACCACCCAGUAUAUCGAGUCGACUAAGCGUCAUCGGCGGCAGAAAUGGAGGAUCCAAUCGAGUAUCAGACGAAGAGGGAAAGACAUCUGUUAAAGUUGUCGUUCGUGUGCGCCCACCGCUCAAUCCAUCAGAUCCAGGAUAUGAUCUUAUUCCCCAAAGAUUUCAACGUUCUAUGGUCCGGGUAACUUCGGUUACAAAUCUAGAGAUUGAUUCACCCCAGGGACGUCGACUUUUCAACUUUGAUCGAGUUUUUGAUGGGAGUGUCGAUCAAGCUGGAAUUUGGGAUUAUCUAGUGGAGAGUAUAAAUGCUUUUAUCCAGGGAUACAAUGUUUCCAUGCUCGCCUAUGGCCAAUCUGGUGCUGGGAAGUCUUAUACAAUGGGAACUUCGGACCCUUCAGAGCAAGGAAAUCCAGGAUCUAUGGGCGUGAUUCCACGCGCUGCAGCAGCACUUUUUGAAAAGUUGGAUGGGCUAAAAUCCACCAAUCGACAUUCGAUGUCCGGCUUAAAAACACCUGUCAGGUAUUCCAUGAACUCUACGACACCAUCUCUAUCACUAGACGGAAAAAGCUCCGGUAAAUAUUGGGUGCUCAAGGCAAGUUAUGUGGAAAUAUACAACGAGCAAUUACGAGAUCUGCUUCUUCCAGAGACCUACCCGCCACAUCAGAGGCAAAGUGUGACCAUACGAGAAGAUACAAAGGGGCACAUUCUUCUCACCGGACUGCACCAGAUCGAAAUUAACUCUGUGGAAGAUAUGAUGGCUGCACUUGAUUAUGGCUCCCGUAUUCGCCAGACUGACUCCACUGCUAUAAAUGCAAAGUCUUCUCGAUCUCAUGCAGUCUUCAGUCUAAAUUUGGUUCAGCACAAAAGUAAAUGCCCCAAUUCCUCUUCCAGCGAUAAAAGUCAUUCAACGCCACAAGAAACAACAAAUGCAUCAGAUAACACUAUUUCUAUUGACAGUAAAUUCCAUUUUGUUGAUUUAGCAGGUAGCGAAAGACUCAAAAACACAGGUGCUCAAGGAGAACGUGCAAAAGAAGGAAUCUCUAUCAAUGCUGGCCUCGCAAGCCUCGGAAAAGUGAUCUCUCAACUCUCCUCUCGUCAAGCUGGAUCCCAUGUUUCUUUUCGUGAUUCUAAGCUUACGAGACUAUUACAGGAUUCCCUAGGUGGUAAUGCCAUAACUUACAUGAUUGCAUGUGUUACUCCCGCAGAAUUUCACCUGAGUGAGACUCUCAACACAGUUCAGUACGCCCAACGAGCCCGUUCUAUCCAAAUCAAACCAAGGAUUCAGCACUUGACCGAAGAUAAUGACAAGCAAGCUCUUAUUGAGAGGUUGAAGGCAGAAGUAGCAUUUCUCCGAGAUCAAAUUCGAGACGAUGAGAAAGGGUCAGAACGUCAUGUUUCGGGGGGGGAGCGAUCAGAACGUCUGAACGGGCGAGAAAUGGAGCUCCAAAACCAACUUCUUGAUAGUCAAGAGAACUACACGGCCCUCAGUCAGCGGCACGCUAAAUUCAUAUCAGAUAUGGCCAAGGCUCGCGAUAGUAAACUAGCUGAUAGUAAGGCAAUUGAGGAUAGCCUUGGUGACAAGGCCAAUGAGAGGUUAGAACGCUCAAACUCAUUUGCCGAAGCUGUGGGAAAGGUGGUACUUGAGUACGAACAAACCAUUCAAAGUCUCGAGCAGUCACUUUCAGGAACUCGAAGUUCUCUGUCCAACACUGAGACUGAGCUUCUAGAAAAGGAGACGAAAUGCGCUUACUUAGAAACUCUAAACCAACAAUUGCAAUCUCGUUUGCAAAAGCUGAUGGAUCGUGAAUCAAGUACCGAAAACUAUCUCCACGGCCUAGAAGCAAAAUUAGAUAGUCAAAACUCAGGCGAAGAAAAGAACUCUGCUCUCAUGACCGAGCUUCGCAAAGAAAUCGCGAGAGUCCGUGAAAAAGAAGCGACGUGUGAAGAUUAUAUUUCAUCCUUAGAGGAGAAGCUGGCUGAGGCUGAUCAAGACACUGAACUCAUGCAGCGCGAAAUCGAUCGUCUUGAACAUGUUGUUGAGCGACAACGAAGUCUCGGAAAACUAGACAGCCUUUUAUACGAACUUGAUCAUAUACAGAAAGAUAGUAGGAACUGUGAAGAGCAUGAUGGAAUCAGCCGCAACCGGACACAUCAGGUUUCGCAUCACAAUCGUGAUCGUAGCUGUGCGACGGCACGAAGCUUAGAAGAUGUUAUUCUAGAAACUGAGGAGCAUGAUGAGUUUGCCGUUUCCAACUCCAAGGUAACGUUGACCUCUGACUCAGACGGGCAUGUCGAUCAAGAUGAAGAAAAUGAUUCCAAAGGAUGUCGAGCUUCAUCUAUAUCCACUUCCUUACCUUACCAAUCACUGAGUCGCGCCCAGUCGAAAUUCGUAGAGGACAAGUUAGAGAAUGUGACUCAGGAACUCAUUGAUCUUCGCGUAGAACAUGAGUCAACAGUGAAUGAACUGGACCUUCUAGCAGCAAAAUAUGAUGAAGCUCUUCGGACUAUGGCUGAAAUGCAAGACUCUUUUGUGUCACCAAAUCAUCUAAAUGAUCGUAAUUCAAUAUCAUCAGCAACAUCAGAGGAAGAAUCGAAAGUUGCUUCAUUCUUAGCCGAAGCAAAAAUGAGAGAGUCUACAGAAGUAGAUACUCGCUCUCCAUCGCUACAAUUCCCUUUAGAGUCAUCGUCUGCUAGUAGUGUAUUAACAAACAACGAAGAUUGUACUGCCAAGAAUGGUCUGGAUCAUCCAAACUUUCCGUUCAAGAAUGAGGAAAAUGCGGAUGAAGAGAGCUCUGCGGAUGUAGAAAAAAUGAGAAGAUUGAAUGCAGAGCAAGAGAGUUUGCAAAAAUUAUUGGCGAAAAAGUUUAUCCGACUCGAGCAGGAACAUAUUGAUGCUCUCAAUUUAGUGGAAGACUUAAAGAACGAGGUCUCCAAGGCCAAAUUAGCACAGACUGAAUCGCCUCGUUCCGCAACACCAAUCAUUCGACGUAAAUCUAGUCAAGGUGUUAUGAUAAUUGAUAAGGCGCAUCGUGCAUUUGCGUCCUUACGUAACAUAGGCACUGAAAAUUUUGAGGGAGACCCAGAUACAAUGGCCAACUUUGAACUAAACUUGAAUACUGCGAUGCACGAACUCCAUACCCGCUCUGAAAGGGUGCAAGAACUCGAGGCCGAUAUCGCAGCAGCUAAGAAAGAGAUGGAGGCCAAAAUGACAAUAAUAUCUGGUCUUACACGUGAGCGAUCAAGCUUACAGCUAUCACCUGUUGAUAUUUCCGUGGUCUCGACAAUGAGAGAUCAAUUGAUGAAACGAGAAACUCAGAUAAAAGAAGCACAUUUAUCACGAGAACAACAGCUGCUUCGUGAACUUGAAAGUUUACGUGCAUCCCUAGAUCUACAAACAAGAAAUAAAUAUGAGACUAAUGGUACCAAAAGCAGCGAGGAGGAAAGCACUCAAAUUCAGGGUAUAGCUGAAUUAAAGGCUGAACUUUGCAAUUUGCAAGCGAAACACGCGGCCAUGUUGGAGACAAUGACCAAUACUGAACAGAAGACGUCAAUAACAAUUUCUGAACUACAGAGCCAGUUACAAAGCGAGCAGGCUCAUUCAACAAAGGUAGAUAGUACAGAUACAGAUGGAGUCAUAUCCAGUUUACACGAAGAGAUUUCUGGAUAUAAAUUAACUAUAGAGAACCAAACUCUUCGUUUAAGUAACCUUGAAGAGUCUCAAGCCUUGCUACAGGAACAGCUUGAAGCAGCCAUCAAUCUGAGAGAUAGAGCGCAAAUGGAAAUUGGAUAUCACCAUUCCCUCACUGAAAAUCUCGAGCAACAAAUUACAGAGCACAACAAAGUUGUUCAAGCGUUUCAAGAUGAACUUGGUUCCUUACGCAAGAAUCAUGAGAAAGAGAUUUUAGAAUUAAAGGCCAGUAACUCCAGAGAACAUGAGGCUUUCGUUUCCGAACUAAACAAUAGCUUUGAAGAACAAGCAGCUCGCCUCAGGGCUGAAAUAUCUGAGGCUCGCGACGUUAUAAUAAUGAUAACAUCUCAGGUUUCCCUAGCAUUAGAUACCGAUAUUGGUACCAGUAAGUUACAAGAAACAGUUGCUGAUCUUCUUGAAAGCCGAAAGGUUCUCUUGGAAGAGACAAAGAUGAAUCGCUCAAUGCAGGACCACAUUUCUGAACUGUCUACUGUGAAUGAGUCACAAAAACUUGAGCUAGAAUCGAUCAAGGAUCAAAUAACUGGCAUGCUUCUCGCAAACUCCGAAAAUUAUAAGGCUCCUGAUUCAAAUCUAUCCGCCAAAGAUAUGCUGGUUGCCUUGAAAAAAGAAAUGUACGAGUUAAGUACGAAGAAUGACAAGAGUUCACGAUUAGUUGAAGAAUUAGAAGAUCAAUUAGCAGCCAACUAUGACCAGCAUGAGGCACUUAAUAGUCGACUUUCGAGCCUCCAGUCGGAACAUUCGGCUCAAAUAGAAGAAUCAAAGGCGUUAACAAGCCAGAUCCAGAAAGAGCUUGAAUCAAUUAAAGAGGAAUAUACAAAUCUCCAGGCGAAGAGCAGAGAAGUAGAGAGUAUUGAGUCCACAUCCAAAAUACCGAAUACUAACGGACAUCUCCGAAAAUCGCCUUCAGUUACGUCAUUACCGUCUCCGCCACCUGCUAUUCCACUGCCUCCUCUACCGGCUGCUGCCGCUUCGCCCUCAUCAAACGUACAUAACACAGCUAGUCAAAGCCCCGUGCAAACUAAUCGUCCCACGAGUAAGGACAUAGCAGCUCAACAAGUACAUGAAGACCAGGAAGCUCGUAUUCGUACCAUUGAAAAACAUCUGUCUGCGGAGAAACAACUCACACAAACUUUAGAGGAAGCCUUAACUGAACUCGAAAAGCAGAGUAAGAAAUUGAGGUCCGAUUGUGAUGCCUGGAAAAGAAGAUGCGUAGAACUCGAAACUGAAAUUAAGGAACUAAAAGACAAGGAGAAGAAUAGUAAACUCGAAAAGGAAAAUCGAUGGAGUAUGCUUCAAGUUGAAGAAGAGCGAAAGAAACGUCGCGACGCCGAAAUUGCCCGAGCCCAUCUCGAAGAGAGGAUGAAUGCCAUUAGCAAAAAGAAGAAAAAGACUAGUCUCAAUUGCUUUUAA